AUGUUGAAAAAGGAGCCGAACGGAAAAAUGGCGGAGGAGAGCGUCGGCGAUGGCCAGUUCAACCUCGAGGGCAUCCUGAGCGAGCUGGGCAGCUUCGGAAAGUACCAGCUGCUGUUGCUGUUCCUCCUAGCAUUUCGCGACUCCUUCCUCAGCAUGUGCAACUAUAACUACGUGUUCACCGCCGCAGAGGUUCCCUCCAGAUGCCAGGUACCGGAAUGCGAAGAGUCGACCGUCAGUUUUAAAUUUAAUGCGAGCUGGGUAGCUACGGUAUUGAACAAAUCGGAAACCUGUCAUAGACCAGCGCCCUACGAAGAGGCGGUGAACACGACCGCAGUAUACGAGACGUAUCCACUGAGAAUGGAGAACAGCACUUGCGUUCCUCAGAUGUUCAAUUAUAAGAAGGCGGUGCCCUGCGAGGGGAUAGUGUAUGAGAAUUACAACAGCAUUGUUGCCGAGUUUGAUCUGGGCUGCCAGCCGUGGAAGAGAACUCUAAUUGGCACAGUCCAUAAUCUUGGGCUGGUCUUUUCCUACAUUCUAUCCGGAGUUAUUUCCGACAGGUACGGAAGAAAAGUCAUUAUUGUUGGGACCCCAUUGAUGGUUGGCACGGCGGGGCUGCUAAAGUCUUUCUCUGUAAACUACUGGAUGCUACUGGUGCUGGAGUUUCUUGAAACAGCUCUCGGUUACGGGAAUGCUUCUUUAGUUUUAUCCCUGGAAACAGUCAGUCAGAACAGUAGGGUUGUAUUUUCCUGUAUAUCUGAUAUACUCUCCAAUUUUGGAGGUGCAUUCUUCGGCUUGAUAGCUUGGAAGAUCCCAUAUUGGAGAUACAUGAUGAGAGCCAUAUAUGCCCCGUUGCUAGUCGUAGUAUUCUACAUAUUCCUUGUGGACGAGGGCGUCAGGUGGCUCUUAGCCCACAACAAGAAAGAUGAAGCAGUCAGGGUGCUGAACAAAGUCGCAAAGAUCAAUAACAUCACACUGUCGAACAAAGCCAAAGAGAUGCUUACAAAGAUUACUGAAGAGAGAAAUAAGGCGGAUCAGUUAGUGCAGCCACGCCACGAGGACCCACCGCCGAUCUUCUCCGUCCUCCGCUCGAAGACGAUCGCCCUCCGAAUCGUUCUCAUCUCCGUCAGCUUCUUCUGCUGCAUGUUUGUCUUUAGCGGCGCAAUCAUCAACUCCACCAGCAUCUCCGGCAACAAGCACCUCAACUUCUCCGCCAUGAUGCUGGUGGCCGUGCCGACGAGAAUCAUCACGGCGCUGACCCUCACGAGAUUCGGGAGGAAGGCGCCUAUAUGCCUCGCCUACUGUCUGUGCGCGUUGUUCUUUAUGGCUUCAGCCUUCAUUCCCAAAUCGUUCUCGUGGGCGUCCAUCGUUUUAUACCUGGCGGGCAAGAUGUGCAGCAGCUACGGCAUGUUCUCAAUGCUGGUGGUGACGAUGGAGGUGUUCCCCACCACCUCGCGCAAUUCACUCACAAACAUAGCCCACACUUUUGGCCGGCUGGGCUCGGUGCUUGCUCCGCAGGCGCCGCUGUUGGAAAAGUAUAUGUCCGGGCUGCCUAGCGUUGUUUUCGCUGUAGUGGCACUGGGUCCGGCGAUGCUGGCGCUCCUCUUGCCGGACACAAGCCGGACGCCGCUUCCAGACAGAGUCUCUGAUGCCGAGAGGCUGGACGCCAACCACUCUCCCGAGGGUCAGCUUGAAAGGGUCACUGCGUCC